CCUCCGUAUUUGUGCUGUCACAAUCCUACGUUUGUUCGUCAAAUUUGGGGUAUGUCGACUUGGGCAGAUUUUUGUUACACUGAAAAACAAUUAUCUCACGAUUUGUUCGUCAACCGAGGAGUGGGAUGGAAAUUAGAACCUUGAGUAUGUUGUCUAACUCGGUGCUGACUAUGCAGAUCUGCGAAAGGUAAUUUGUAACUUUAUCGUUUUAUUCUUCUUCUAACAGUUUCGGUUUAUCGAUCUCGAAUAGUGGACAGCCACCAAGCACAUCAGUCAGCUUGGCAGCGAUGGCCUCCUUGGACGAGUAUCCCCAGCUAGUCACUGACUUAACUCAACGAAGUAUGCCAAUAAAGGUAUUGGAAUCUUCCGUACUCAUUACUCUUAUCAUCCUAGCCUUUGCUGGCAACGUUUUGAUUUGCGUCACAGUAUUGAGGACUCCUCGUCUCCGCACAGUUCCAAACAUGUUUGCAACAAACUUAGCAGUAAGCGACAUUUUGAUGGCGGUAGUUUGUAUGCCAAUAUCUUUGCAUGUGCUGAUUUCAAGCCAAUGGCCAUUUAGCUCUGUGGUGUGUGAUCUGCAAGGAUUUUUCAUAUUUUCAUUCGGAAUAGUUUCGCAAGUCAACAUGUCGGUAAUUGCUGUUAAUCGUUAUUUUGCUGUUUGCCGUCCAUUUGCAUGUAAAAUCAUCUUCACCCAUAGAAAUGUUGUGCUCAUAAUCGCCCUCCUAUGGAUUUUGCCGAGCAUCGCAAGUGUUCCACCAUUAGUGGGUUGGGGUUAUUAUGCUUUUAACGGAGGAAAAGCAUUCUGCAUUUACCCCUUCAACGUCAACAUGAUGUACACAACGAUAGUUCAGCUGCUUUUCAUCGCAUUUCCAAUGGGGCUUAUAACGUUUAGCUACACGAAAUGCUUCUUGGCAAUAAGAUCAAGCAACCAACAAGUCGCACAGAUGGAAGGCAAUCCGCAUCCAGCCAAUAACCAGUCGAGGAAAGCGCGCGAAAUGCGGGCCACGUGGACAAUGAUGUUCGCCACUUUGGGUUUUAUUUUGUGUUGGGCACCAGUGUCCAUCAUUGAUUUUAUUGACACAUUUACUGGAGGUGGGAAUUUGCCUCGGCAAGUGUUCAUCUUAAACGCUUUUCUCAUCUUCAUCUCGAGUACUGUGAACCCGUUCAUAUACUGGCUGACAAACCGCGAUUUCAGAAAGGCCUACCGAGACGUGCUAGCAUGCAGGAAGAGAAAUGAAGUAGUGUUGGGAAUGAUGUCAAAUGGCAUACAAAGCACUAUUGGUCAACGUACUUUUAAUGAACAAAUUUAAUGUCCUGGGUAUUGAUUGUUCCAGUACCUUUAUGACUAUCUUGUUUACCUGAGUUGUAAAACACAAUUGGUUUAUCUGACAGACUGUUUUUGUGUUUACACAAAAAUAUCGAGUUGAGCUCAAUAAUCAAAGCUGACAUAAGUGAAACGAAGAUCCUUGUAAGCCAUACACAAUCAGCGUUAAGUUUCACCAUUGUUACACUGCCUACUAUUUUAUUACCUGCUAUCAAAAAAGCAGAAAUUUCGUUCUGCUA